CAAUGUCAGGCCGCAGAGCGAGGUACAAGCCUGGAGCUGCGGGCGGCAGCGCUGCUGUUGCCGCGACUCAACCUCUGUCGUUCUCCAUACCCCUUAAAGACACUUCCAAGCCCGUGGCAUUCCCAGCCAACUUCCAGAAGCACAUCGCCCUCGAGUUCGCCAUGCGAUACCUUUGCGAGAUUGGGGCAACCCCGACCAUGGAGAACUGCAGGGUGGUACUCAAAGAGAUGCCGCUUGAGGCCUGCUCGGUAACCGCGGCGUGGAGAAGCAGAGGUUGCUUGGCAGACGCAAUAAUCAUUCAGCCGGGAGGACACCAAAAUGUUGGGGGAGCGGGAGGGUCGUUGGGGGAAGCUUUACCUCCGCCUGCUGGGGGCUCGCUGCUGGCCAACGUCUCGUCGGGGAACGGCAAAGGCGGAAACGGAUCGCAGCCUGCCGGCUGUGAAGGUGCCAAGGAUGCUGCGACUGAGCGCUACAACAACGGCGACAGCGAGGGUAGGAAAAAUAUUCGCACACACACCAACGAGAAUCGCAGGCCGGCCACGACGACGCAACCAGCGUCAAGCAUGGGAAAAGCUAGUCCUCACAAGGUCAGUGUUUUCGUGGACGCCGUAUCAUCCGCCAUCCUGCCGGUCAUGAUGGAAACAACUACGGGCAAGGAUGGUGCGCAUCGUGCUGAUACGGCUGGGGGGGCAGCAGCGACGUUGCCGUCGCCUCAGUCGAAAGCGGCAACAACCACCGCCCGCGACCGGAACGCCUGGCGCCGACAAAACGGCGACCUGGCGAUGAGGAACACCGAGACGAGUUGCGUGGUUCUUACCAACAACCGCAACUUCGACAAGCGCACUCAACGGGAGCGGGGCCAUCAGCGCGGCCGACAAGCGAGCACCGGAGCGUCCGGGGAUGGGGUUUCCAAAAUAUUCCCGGCGGCCUUGCGCCAGAGUGGGGGCGUGGGAGGUGAUGUUGUUGCCGUGGGCGAUGGCGGCGGUGGCGGAACUUUUGACGAGCAGGUGCCCUGCGAUGCGGUGGAGUUUGCUCAAGAGAGAAGAAAGAUGCUCGACCCUCCCAAGGUGGGCAUGUCAGCUAUUGCAACGGUCCAAGCCGCUUUCGCCAGGAAUUUUGCGUUCCACAAACACGGAGAAAAGUUCAAAGAUAUUUCAGUGCGGUCUUCGCUCAAGAAUAUUAUCACGUCCGAGGGGCCAGGGAGGCUAAUCGGGUUGCUGUCCCACUACCUGUACUGGAUCAUGUUGCUCCCCUUCGUGCUGGCGCACAAGGACCGCGACGACUGCGUGCUUCUCAAGAACGACUACCGCUUGUCCAUGAGGAAACAGAAGUCUCGCGUGGAGAUCGGCGAUGCGAGCAGCGGCGGUAGCAGUAGGGCACUUAAUUCAGGCACCACCGUUGGACAUUCCCCGCGAGUGACGACAGCAACACCAGCAGCAGCAACAUCCAAGCAAGGAGAACACGAGAGCAAUGGUAGCAACAGCAUACAUCACGAGGACCACGCAGAAGAGGGAACAGAGCAAGGACCACAUCAGCAUCCUUCACUCAGCAAGGAGGACGCGAGGAGUCUGGCGGCAACAUCGAACAGGGCUUUGGUGCCUCCACAGGAGGCAGGGAAGCGGCAAUUACGUCCCGAGCUGGCCUCGGACGAGGCGGAGAGUUUGUUCGUGGCGGUGGUCGAAUCCUGGUCUAGCCUGAGGUCGUCGCUUGGGGCGUCCCGUCAGGCGAGACUUGUACACCUACCCAUCGCGGUGGCGGCGGUUCGCCACGGGGUGCAGACCGUGCUGUGCAACUGCUACCCGUUCUUGGACACGAAGGGCGGUCGGGAGGGCAAGAGGCUUCUCGCUUCCCUGCACGAGGAAGUUGCCACGAGAUUCAUUCCUCGCUUCUACUACGAGGGACCGUUCACGCCGGUAGCGGAGGAGGAGAAGGAAGACGCCGAAAACAUGUCACAUCUUGCGGCCGUUCCAAUGGGAGGAGGAGGAGGAGGACGGGCUCCAGCCCCGACCCCGUGUAAGGGGAACACUGGGAUUGCGGAAAACGCGCCACCGCCCCAGCCUUCGACUGCACCGCGUCUGAGAAGAACAAAAAACUUCCUAGAAGCGUCUGCAACUUUGCUAGCCGCGCGUCGACGGGCGCAGACCCGGUUGGAAUCUGCUUCCUCUGGUGCCGCUGCUGCUACUGCCUCUGCUAUUAAGGGCUGGUCCUCCACAGCGGCCACCCUAGAGCUUGGGCCGGCGGACGAGGUAAAGGCUGCGAAUGCUGGUAAAGCACGCACGGCGACCCAGUUGGACAGGGACAGGCCAGGCGGGGCUCGAAGGACAGGGGAAGCUCUCUUCGCUACUAGCACCACCCUUGGAUACGUGUUCCCAUACCCGUGCAGGGCGCGGGCGCGCUCGAGCCGAGCCGCGAGCCGCACAACAACGUCACCCACCACUGGCACGAGCCUCGGAUAUGGCUUCGCGAAAACUCCUCCUCGGGCGGUUUGUUGUGGACCCGUCAAGAACAAGUCUGCGGGGCCGACGCCGCCCUCGCAGGCGGCUUCCACGCCGGGGGCAAGGGUGUGGCCGAUGAGUACGGCAACGGGGGACGGAGAGACGGCCAGAGGGUUAUGUUCUUCCUCACACGCUACAAGGCUGGUGACUACAGCCGUCACGUGCACGAGAACACCGCAAGAGAGCCGUGUUCACGGCACGGCAGGGAGAUGCACCAGUAACAACACCAACAUCAACGCCGCUGCCGACAAUAGCAACAACUACCCCAACGAACAUGGCGAUCGGUGGGGCCGCAAAGAGCUGGAAACUAGCGUCGCUUUCGAAGGAGCUCGCCGACAGCUGGAUCCACAAAAACAGCCGCAGAAGCAGCUCUCGCCACACUUCCGCGAUGCUACUUCUCGCCCUAACGCCCAGCUGCUAGUAUCUUGCCGUGGAGCAACAGGUAAUGCUAACAUCUUCGCCGGCAGAACAACCCGGGUUCGCGACCGGACCCCCCGGGCUGAAAAAGGGGCUCGACGACCAUCAACAACUACAGCCACACACUCAACCGAGGCGUGCAUCGACCACGGGAAGGUUACCCGUUGCGGCAAGCACCAUGAAAGCAAUAUGUUUGAGGCGUGUGAUGGCGCUGGCUCAGGGGGAGGACUUCGUAGCCGGAGUGGUGGCACCCGCGAUAGGAGUGUCACCGAGGGUUUCGAUGCCGCAGGAGGGGAUAUUGACGUGCGUAUACGAGUGGGCGUGGACAGUGUGGGCGUCGGGGCUGCGGCAAAGGCUAGGCUGUACAGGGGAUAUUGCGAGCAGAGAGGGGGGGACUACGACCGGGAGUAUCGACGACACGGCGGGAGGGAAACGCUCGAGAGGAUAGCCCUUCUCAACGAUACGUUUCGAUAACCUUCGUUCUCAACAACACGAGGGGGUCUAAGUCUGAGGAGGAGGGUAGCACGGGAGUCCCACCAAGGCGUUUGGGCACAAGAGUCCAUGUUGAGCGAAAAGUUUCGCCAACUAUGGUGACCGACACGUUGGACAAGAUGAAGUAGAACGUACAAGCACAGACGUACAUCGGAGUAGUGUAGGACAGAAGUCGAAACCCUCCAAAAGAAAUAUUGAAGGGCAUUGUCUAAGGGGGUAUCCCUGCUUGUCUUCCUGAACUUAAUCGAUAGGAUUUUCUGUAGUACCAAUUCCCACGCUCUUUUGCGGACUUGAAAUCCAGGGUGGCCCAGGCCACCAUUCUGAGAUGCUAUCUGGCCACACGAGCGUGCUGUCCACUGCUUUCGCUCAACAUAUUCAACCGACAUAUCUUCGCGUCGCCUUUUCAAUCUCCGACAUGAUGUGGGCAAACCACUGGGCACGCCGGCACAAUGUAUUCUCUGAGAACUUCACGCGCUUUCCUACUCAUGUGACAACCAGGAAAAUUGUCUCAUUCGUGCAAACGAAAGGAGCCGUAUACCCCGAGAAAUACAAUGCUUACCAAGCAACACGGCGUUCGCGAACUAAAACUCGCGCAACAACAUGGGUCUGAAGGCACCCUUUGGCGCGUAAGCCGCCUUGAAAACGUUUGGCGAGCAACCGAUCAAUACACCUUCCUUCACCGUCUGCCUCGUCCUUGAACGAUGCCCACGGAAUCGACCUCUAAAAUUCUGCGGUGUCGCGCAGAUUACAACCAAAUGCGUUUGGUGCCCCCCGACCCAUACACCUUGCGGAUAUUGGCCAGCCGAGCCGCUGCCCUUUCGGGCGACAUGAUCAGAUCCUGGCGGCGACAAACGUCUGCCUUUGCUGAGGCGGCCGCAGGCCCCGUUCUCUUUGCCGACAUUGCGGUUCGGGCCCGCACACGGCGAAUAGCUCUGCGAUGACGGUCAUCCGAAGAAUCCGUUUUGUUCUCUAUCCUACCGCCGCCGCCCCCGCCUCCUUUCCACGACCCUUGGGUGUGCUGAUCAAGCCCACUAGACAUGUACGAGGGGGUUUCGGCACGAAACCAGGUACAAGGCCCGUCUUCCUCCCGGUGCGAUGGGGUACGUAUCGUAUCGAGUGGCACCGUCUUUGGCUGCUGAUUCUGCCUGGGCGACGGUGACAGCCGAUCCGAGUUCGAGCCGUGCGCUUGUGCGUUGUUGCUUGUGCCCUCGGUCCCAAACCCGCGGCGCCUGUUCACUGUGCUCUUCACGCCGCCGCAGUGGUGGGGACGAGCGGUCGAGCAACUUCU